AUGGCAGCCACGGAGCGCGAAUACCUGGUGAAGAACGUGAUUGACACGCACAUACACCUCAGCCAUCACUACUCUGGAGGCUUGCCGAACACCUGGCAUCCCCAGGAGGCGGAAAGCUUCCGGCGCGACUGGACGCUGGACGACUUCCGCAAGUCCACGCAGACCGCACGUUUCCAGAUCUCCCAUGCCAUCUUCGUGGAGUGUGCGAACCAGCCGGCCCUGGAGGAGGCCAAGUGGGUCCUGCGGCUCAUGGAUGAGGUGGACUCUCCCAUUGUGGGGCUUGUCGCCAACAUUUGUGCACAGAAGGGAGCAGCUGAGGUGUCCCGAUUUUUAGACUCCCUGCGGGAUGCAGACGGGCUGCUUCCAAAGGGCCUGAAGGGAGCCCGCUACGUCUUCAUGAUGUGGGAGAACCAGGCGGACGAUGCCUGCUUGGAUGCGAGUUUUCUGGAGGGGCUGGAGGCGCUUUGCAAAGCGGGGCUGCUCUGGGAGUUCUGUUGUGAGCCACGAAUGGCACCUUUCUUAUCGAGCUGCAUCGCGAAGGUCCCGCACAUGACCUUUGUGGUUGACCACCUUGCCCACAACGGCAACAGGGGAGGCGACAUGGAGACCUGGGGACCAGCCAUGGACAGCCUGGGCAAGCUGCCAAACGUUUAUGUGAAGCUGGGCGCUACGGAGCAGUGGGAUGUACCGAACCCGGAAGCCUUCCUGGACAGAGCAAUCCAGGCCAUUGGGUUCGACCGCUUGCUCUAUGAGUCCAACUGGUUUGUAAAUGAAGCCAUGGGGGAUUCUUAUGACAGAAGCGCUGGUCUCGUGUAUGAGGCUUGCAAGCGAGCGGGUGCCAGCGAGACAGAUCUCUGCAAGGUGUUCCAUGACAAUGCCUGCAAGGUGUACCAGCUGGAUGUCUGA